CAUUGCGGGAGCUCAGUUUCUAGGUGUCUAGCAACAGCUUUCAGCCCAGACAGCUGGCGGCGGCAACUGGAAGGCUAUUUUAUAACAUUAUUCGCUGCUGCUUGUUCAUAUUUAUUAGUCACUAAGCUGAAAACAGUGGGGAAAAUAACUCUGACCUCUGCUCAGAGAUAUGAGCGGCAGCGGGCGGCCCAGGACCAGCUCGUUUGCUGAGCCGCCAGGUGUUCCAGGAGCCCUUGCAGCCUCCGCCGGAUCAGCCGCUGCCGUGGGGAGCAGCACAGGAAAGUCCGGGGUCCCGCAGGCCUCCGGCAGCAGCUCGUCGGGAUGCUCGAACCUUAAGCUUUCCAGAGACAUUGGGAAGGUGACGACGGUUGUAGCAACGCCGGGUCAGGGUCCAGAUCGCCCACAGGAAGUCUCCUACACCGACAUCAAGGUUAUUGGGAAUGGAUCAUUUGGCGUCGUGUACCAGGCCCGGCUCAUCGACAGCCAGGAGAUGGUGGCCAUUAAGAAAGUUCUGCAGGAUAAGAGGUUUAAGAACCGGGAGUUACAGAUCAUGAGGAAGCUGGAUCACUGCAACAUCGUCCGUCUGCGAUAUUUCUUCUACUCCAGCGGCGAGAAGAAAGACGAGGUUUACCUCAACCUGGUGCUGGAUUUUGUCCCUGAGACGGUCUACCGGGUUGCCCGGCACUUCAACAAAACCAAGAGCAUCAUUCCCAUCAUUUAUGUGAAGGUCUACAUGUACCAGCUGUUUCGCAGCCUGGCCUACAUCCAUUCGCAGGGCGUUUGCCAUCGAGACAUCAAGCCACAGAACCUCCUGGUCGACCCGGAAACCGCCGUCCUCAAGCUGUGCGACUUCGGCAGUGCCAAACAGCUGAUUCGCGGCGAGCCCAACGUGUCAUACAUCUGCUCGCGGUACUACCGCGCCCCGGAGCUCAUCUUCGGCGCCACCGACUACACGGCGAACAUCGACAUCUGGUCAGCCGGCUGCGUGCUGGCGGAGCUGCUGCUGGGUCAGCCCAUAUUCCCCGGGGACAGCGGCGUCGACCAGCUGGUGGAGAUCAUCAAGGUGCUGGGAACGCCAACGAGGGAACAGAUACGAGAGAUGAACCCAAACUACACAGAGUUCAAGUUCCCACAGAUCAAAGCUCAUCCAUGGACCAAGGUGUUUAAACCCCGUACCUCUCCGGAGGCCAUCACCCUCUGCUCCCGGCUGCUGGAGUACACGCCAGCGUCGCGGCUCUCCCCGUUGGAGGCCUGCGCCCACGCCUUCUUUGACGAGCUGCGCCAGCCGAACGCGCGGCUGCCCAGCGGACGUGAGCUGCCCCUGCUCUUCAACUUCAGCACCACAGAGCUCUCGAUCCAGCCUCAGCUGAACUCGAUCCUCAUCCCUCCUCACGCUCGCUCGCAUACGGCUGCUUCUGUCCACGAUGGUCCCGGUUCAGAUUCAUCUCACCACAGUUUGCUUCCUGGACCCGUGAACAGCAUGUGAAGGGCAAACCAACGUCUACCUGCAGGCCUCUCUUUCUCAGACACACACACACACACACACACACCCACACACACACACACACACACACACACACACACACACACACACAAGCUCUCUCUCUGCUGCUUUCUGUCCUCUCUAUAAUCUGUCUCUGUACAGCAAAUCUGUUAAGACUGUUAACUCUUUAGCUGCCGGGAUGGAAACGGCAGGAGGUUGUUGUAGACACACACACACACUCACACACACACACCUGGUGUGGUGGAAUGAGGAGGUUCGAUAGUCGGGGCUGGUCCUCUGAAAAGAACGUUUUUAAUCCACGUUUUGUUUUUAUUUAUUUACCAUGUGGUCAAACGUUGAUAUUAUUUUUAAAAUCAGGAUCAUUUUUUAUUCUUACGUGUUUUUAAAACCGCGAUGUUUGGAAAAUCCAACCCAGAGUUUUGGUGUAAAUUAAAACCUCCAAACUAGGAUCAGGUUGGCAGGCGGCAGCAGCAGCCACAGAGAUCCAUUUUAGUCGUGUUUCUUACCUCUUACUUUUGAUUUUAGUUUUAAUUUAGGAUGAAGUGAAUUUGUUGAAAAGUUAGUAUUUACAUGCAGUUGAGAUUUUUGUGUGGUUCGCCGAACAACGGAGAAACACCAGACCAUUGUUCAAUCUGAAACCGCUUUGCAAAAUGACGUCCAGCGACGCCUUUGGCUGUUUCUGACUAAUUUUGUCUUUAAACGCAUCGGAUUUGUCUUGAUUCAGAGUGACACCCGAUUUUUGUGCCGUUAAAACAUCUGUCUGAGCGUGCAAAGACCAAACAGCCUGUGUUUUUUAUUUGAUUUUUUUUCUGAAAAUGGAGUAAGAUGUAGAAAUUAGAUGGUCUGAAUAUGAACCCUGCUGAAUGCCGCUCCACAUCUCAGGUUGUUUCAAUGCCAGAAGAAAGACAGGACUGGUCUGUUGGAGACUUUGCUUUAAAAUGACAGAUUAACAAUGGAGUUUUACAUUAAUUUAGCCUUAAACUAUAUGGAAAACAAGGGAGGAGUAGGGCCUCGCUAAGAAAAUAAAAAAUAAAACAAGAAUAAAUUCAAAAAUACUUUAUUGAUCCCAGAGGGAAAUUAAAUAAGUCAUAAUAUUACGAUUUUAUUCUUGUAUGACUUUAUUCUCACACAAGUUUAUUUUCGUAAUAUCAUAAAUUUAUUCAUAUUAUGAAUUUAUUUUCAUUUUGACUUUAUCUUGUAUUUUUUUUUUGAGUAUGACCCUAAUACUCUGUCGUCAAAUAAAAGUUAAAAUUGAGCUAACUCCUGCCAGUGUGAAAACCUAAACACCGGAUGUUUUUAUUAUCAGGUAGCUUCUGUUGGCGAGUUUAACAACUUUACAACACAAAAAUACUUAUUAACGUUAAAAUUUUCAAGCACUUCUGAUUGGAAACGACUGGCCAUUCUUGCAUUGCUUCGGUGUGGAGUGCGCAGCGUAGUUUCUUAGUUCUGUUUCUCUGCUGUGGCAGAUCAUUAGUGCCCUCCUGUGGUUGAACGUGGUAGCUGCAUGUCACUGCCCAACCUACUGGAUGAAAGAUUAACUUUGCGGUUUCUGUAGAAACCUGAGACGUUUAAAGUCGUCCACCGUUCUCAUUCUGAGCCUCCAAAAUGUUUAUAUCUUUACGUCUAUUAUCAGUUCAGGGUUUUUAUUUGCAUUUUUUUGGUUCAUUUGCUUUUAAAAACGAGCUGCAGCCCCUCAAAAUCGAGCAGCUUUACGAUUGCGAUUUUACUGCGUAUCUGACAGAAGAAAUAAAAGCUUUUAGAGAGAAAAAUAAAUGUAGAAAUCCAGCGAAUGUAAAUCCUUGUGUUUGUGUCUGAGAUUCUUACUGCGGUCCGAACUGUACGGUACCGGUGUUAGUCAGCAGAGCAGAACACGUGAAAGUUUGUAGUGUAGCGUGUUUGAACCAUACGGGCCGCCUGGUGUUUCGCGUCGCUGCCAGCCGGUUUCUAACCGGCAACCUCUGGGUCUGAUGAGGUCACUGCCGCCCACAUCCUGCUUCCUUCCCUGCCCAGCGUUCACUCCGCGCCACCCUUCGUCCCUGCAGGGGGCGCCACCGUUCACGCUCGGAGCUGUCCAGAUUACUGCGGCAAUGAAAAAGCGUGAAAUGAAAACGGAUAAAAUAAAUAAAACCCCUGCAGGGAGGAAAUCAGGCGUGUAGCGCCAAUUUUUCUCCCACAGAAGCCAUUUAUUUCCUUAUUGCACAUGUAAAUAUCACUGAUUUUAUUUCUUUUUAUUAUAGACAGUUGGUUAUACUUGACCUCCCUCAUUCUGUCAACGUCUUAGUUUGUAAAUAGUUUUUUUUGCUUUUGUUUUUUUCUCCACGAUUCAAAAUGUAAAAACUGCAAAUAAGCAUAAAACAACCACUCAUCAUGUUUGCAGAUGAUGUUUUUCUCUCUUUCUGUCGUUUUGUAAAAACUGUGAAGAAUCUCGGCUUUUCUCCUUCUACCAGUCCGAUCCAGGUUUGGUCCGGUCCUGUCUGGUUCUGAUCCAAAAUAUUGUCUUCCUCUAACCAAAAGAGACUGUACUCAGUUUGGAUCUAAAAAGUCAGAUUUAUAAAAAUUGUUUUCUUUUUAAAUUUUUAAAAACUGCGUCCUUUUAAAAAAAAUUAUUUUCCAAACAUUUGAGGAAUUUUCCUUUUUUUUUCUUUUCUUUUUUUUUUUAUCUCCAAAACGAUGAAAUUUGUAUUUUUGGGUUUUUAUUUAAAUGUUCUGGACAUCAUGAAAGAACACAGCGCGGAAAAAGAAAUCCAAGUUGAAUUAUUCUAGAUAAGAAGGAAGAUUCUUCUUCCACAUUUUGUUGAAAAUUUCCCUAAAUAAUCGAAGUGAUGAUGUUUUGAUAUCUGAACUGAACCUGUUUUAAGAAUCAUGAGUCCAUUUUAAAGUCCAUUUUAAAGCGAUGAUCUCAGGACAAUAAAAUAAAGAAAAUUAUUUAUUAUAAAAAGGUUUAGGAUUUCCAAAUAUUAUUCCCUUUCUUACUUUCUAAGUCAGUAAAAUCAGAUUAAGAGUAAAUCAAACAGGCAUUUUCUUCAUGUGUUGCCUUAAUUAUGAUGGUAACUUGUCGCGUUUGUAGAUCAAAAAUAAAUACGUAAUACUACGGCUUUACUAGAAAAAUCUUAAGUUGUGCAUCAACAAAGGGAGAUUUUCUCUGACAUAAAGUCAUAAAUAUUGAAUUUAAAAAUACAAGUUUUUAAAAUAAUAUGAAUUCAAAAAUUGAACAGUUUGAAUUGCCAACAGUUAAGAUCUGGAUAUUUUCCACUUCAGUCUUAAAGCAUUUUUUGCAUUGUUUUUAAUCAGAAAGCUCAGAAAAUUCAUGUAAAAAUAAGACUUUAUAAUGUCAGGGAAUAUCUUAGUUAAAAUAUAGGAAUUUAUGCCUUCAAUUGCAAAAAAGAAAAAUCCUUGGAUCGGAGAAAA